AUGCUAGUUGGAAGUGCUGGGGUAUAUUGGGUAAUACGAACAAGGAUAAACAUUAAGUUCAGACGGCCGAGAUUCUUUAGAGACAAUGGUGGAAAACGACUCUCUAAUCAUGAAGGAUCGAAGGAGGUUAGAAUCUUCAGAGAAGGAGAACUUAAGAAGGCCACUAAUAAUUAUAACAAGAGUAGAAAGCUUGGCCAAGGAGGCGAUGGAAUGGUUUAUCGAGGAGUAUUAACAGAUAAUAAAGUGGUUGCUAUUAAAAAGUCCAAAACUGUUGAUAAGAACCAGAUUGAACACUUUAUAGAUGAAAUGGUUGCGCUUGCUAAAAUAAACCACAAGAAUGUGGUUAAACUAUUGGGUUGUUGUUUGGAAACAAAAGUGCCAUUGCUAGUUUAUGAAUUCAUCUCAAAUGGGACACUUUCUGACCAUAUCCAUGAUAAAGACAAGUCAUCUUUGCUCUCAUGGGAAAAGCGUUUGAAGAUAGCAACAGAAGCUGCAGGAGCCAUUGCAUACCUACAUGAUUUGGAAACUUCCAUUAUUCACAGAGAUGUGAAAUCUGCAAAUAUACUUUUAGACGAGGAUCAUACAACAAAAGUUGCUGAAUUUGGAGCUUCAAGACUAGUUCUUCUUGAUCACACACGAUUAGAGGAAGGAACAUUUGGGUACUUGGACCCUGAAUACUUACGCAGUGGCCAAUUAACAGAAAAAAGUGAUGUCUAUAGCUUUGGUAUUGUUUUGGCAGAGUUACUAACGGGUGAGAAGGUAAUUUCUUUGGACAGGGCAGAAAAAGAUAAAAAUCUAGCAACAUACUUUGUUUCUGCUCUAGAAGAUGAUCGCCUACUAGAAAUUAUUGAGUGCCACAUUAAAAAUGAGGGCGAUAUUGAAGAGCAAAAGAAAGUUUCGUAUAUUGCAAAAAGGUGCUUAAGCAUAAAUGGAAAGGAUAGGCCUACUAUGAAGGAUGUAGCAAUGGAGCUAAAGGAAUUAAGAAUUGAGGAAAAGCAUUCAAAUGAGAAGGCCGAUCUCUGCAGUGAAGAAACCAAGAGUUCACAUAAUACAAUUACAAUCGAUUUGAGUCUUGAUGCUAACACUGCCAAUUCUUCGACCAGUACCACCAUUGAUAGCAUCAUGCAAUUUAUACCCACAUGUUGCUCCAGGAUUCCUAUGUUAUGA